GAAAAUAAUCUUUUAAACCUGAUAGGAGCUUGUCUGACACUCCCGUACCGACAACGCACGGAUCCGAAGAUCAGACGCGGCACAACUGACUUCGUCCCCCUCGGCUUCCCACGGUAACACAGUUCCUUUGCUGCACUUUUAUUCCCAGUACACCGCAUGCUGCACCACCGCGCACUGUUUCACCUCGCACGGCACAGUUACCAGUUGAGAGAAACCCACAGUUCCUAUCGGACUGAAAGCAGGAAAAUUAAAGCAAAGUGAAGAGAAAGAGGGAGAGUUGAUCACUUCCGGCAAGGGGCGGGAGAACAGGCCUCCAAAAAUUGUGUUUGUGCUUCGUGAUUUGCCAUACGGCAUCUACACCCUUUUGUACCAGGGCUUACAGCAUAUUUUAGAAGAAGAAGAAGAUGGAACAGGAAGUGGUGGAGGCAGAGAUUGUGUUGCCAACACACCUCAGUUUCAAACGGAUUCAAAUGUAUGAGAAGUACCCAAAAAGCCAAUCCAGAAGCAGGCACUGGAAACAUCUCAAGCAGAUCCUUCAGGCUGAGAAUUACCAGAAUUACCCUCCUGAUGAACCCACCUAUGUUAAUAUCGAGUCACCUCCUUCUAUGCAUCCAUGCAAGAGAAUCUGUGAUGUGACCGGAUAUGAGGCGCCUUACUAUGAUCCCAGGACCAAUCUCCGAUAUGCGAAUGCUGAAGUUUUCAAGCUCAUAAGAUCCCUUCCUAAUGAUUACGUGCAAAGGUAUCUGGCUCUGAGAAAUGCAGCUGUGGUUCUGAAGUGAUGACUUUGGAGUUUUCAAGGAGAUAGACAGACAGCAGGAUCUUUUUCCUUUCAGAAUAUGAUACUGUUGGGAAAUACAUGAUAAAUUAUAUCAAGUGAAAUUAUCUUAGGAUUCCAAUAUUCAUCUGUAGUAAGUGCACAAAGUUAUGAUUUAAUUAAAUUUGUCAUAUUUCUUAA